AUUAACGAAAACACAACAACAUUAACGAAAACACAACGGAAAAGGUAUGUCCCAGUGGGAGACCUAAGAAAUCGCUGAUUGGACUUCAGCUCGUUUUACUUUUGAACCGGAAGUUAUUCUGGUGUGCUUCGUUUUAAUGAGAAGCGGGAAUACGGUCACGUCGCAAUGUUUUGCCCAAACUGCGGGAAAGAGCUGGUUGAGCCGUCACCAAACUUCUGCAGCAAUUGCGGCAAGAGGCUUCAACUUCAGGAAAUAUUUAUGGAAGAUACUCCGCAAUGUUCAACACAACAGCCUGUUCCAUCCUGCCCUGCACCAGCCCUCAGCACCAUCCUUGAAUACAGAAAAAAGAAAAAUGAGGAGCGACAAAAGUAUUCUCUUGGGAAAAAGGGGUUAAAGCAAAAGGAAAAAAUGAAAGUUCGGAUAAAUAUUGGCUUGAUGACCAUUCACAAGAAUGGUCUAAAGCCACAGCGUGGAAAAACCAUUUUCCUUGCAACAGAUCCAGAUGUCUCUGCCACACCUCUGCUCAGUCUUGCUGCUAAAAAAAUGAAGGACUUCAACAAAGAUAUAAAAGAUGGACCUUUCCUCCUUCUGUACCCAGAUGGGACAGAGGUUAUUAAUAUCCCUGGGACACAAACACCGUUUACUCUUGCAGCUUAUAAGGCUGAAAUUGGCAAGUCAUACCAAAGGAUCUCUCUUUUCCUCUGCUUGAAAAGGGACUUUGAAGAAGUUGGAAAAUUGUCAGACUCGUCCGAUUCCGACCCAGAGGUUGUUAUUAGAAAAAACUCCGAGUUUGAUCUUGCUGAUACACUGCCAUGGGAACCUAUGGAUGAAAGCAGUCCUUUGCAAAAGGUGGCAGAAACAGAGAAUGGUGUUGGGGAUCUUGUACUUGCAAAUGAAGUACAACAGGUUAUAGACUUGGAUAACAAUGGCAACAAUCCAGGCACCAGUCAAUGUCUCACUGUCCAGAGCUCCUGUUACAGAGACUACACCACUCUCUUUGAGCCCAUUGUUAUUGAUGAUGAUGAUGAGAUUGAAUAUUUUACAGAAGACAAAAAGCAGGACCUGCCCCCAGAAGAACAUUACAAACAAACGUGCAGCCACAUGAUAUUAUUGCAGAACUGGCCAAGAAUAUUGACCACAAGAAAGUCAGCCGGUUCAACAUAUGUUGUACUGAUGUGUGGGAUGGAGCUGUUCGGGGCUUUCAGAGGAGCACAUACUCCAACAAGAACGACAUGUUCAUCAAAUUUAACGAUGAUGCUGGCUGUUUGGAGGAAGGGUUGGACACAGGUGGCCCGAGGCGUUUGUUUCUCACACUUCUUAUGGCCAUUCUGAGAAAUCGUCCUAUCUUUGAUGGACCCCCAGAAGCUCAUUACGUUGGGUGCAAUUCGAGAGGUCCUGGAAGCUGAAUCAGAUGAAUCUCUGCUAAAUAUAAUUUUUCAAAACAGCGGGAUGUUCCAAACUGCUGGUUGCUUCAGAAGUGUGAAGACUUCUGAGAAGAAAACUUUUGUAGAGGAGUAUCUCAGAUGGUACAUCCUUGACAGAAACCACAGUGCCAUUCAACGAUUCAAAGAUGGACUGGCAAGUCUGGGGUUUUUCGCUGCACUGCAACAGCAUUCCAGUGUCCUGUCCCCAGUCCUAUGUUUCUCUGCCAAGGCCCUGACUGCUUCAGACUUGGAGACCAUGUUCAAACCAGAUCUCAGCCCAGUAGGAACCAAUAGGCGGCAACAGGAGGGCAAAACUAUCGUCUUCUGGGCAGAUUAUUUGCUUGAUUGCGAAG